AUGGUGUCUGCAGAUGAGGCAGCAGAUGAGAAACCGGACUCGCCAAAAGGCGAAGAGGACUUUGAAACGUUAAAGUAUCAGUUGCUAGGACCCUCUUUAACCAAGGCGGGCCAGGACGCAGUUGAUCAGCAAAAGGUAUCAGAAAUCAUCUACAACGCCUCAAAGGGCUCAAAAUUCUUUGAUCAUGAACAAGAACGCGACCGCAAUCUUACAGUCAAGAUUCAGCGUAUUCUCAAAGAAAAGGCUCGGCUGGAAACGCUAGACCAAAGUCAUGACCUCCGCCGCGCAGAUGAGUAUCUCGCCGAGCUUGAAUUGAGUCGUGAUCUGUCUCAAUACAUCAUUCAUGUGGAUUGCGAUGCAUUCUUCGCAGCGGUCGAGGAACUUGAUCAUCCAGAGCUCAAGACAGUUCCCAUGGCUGUUGGAAAAGGCGUGCUCACCACUUGCAACUACGAGGCAAGGAAAUUUGGAGUGCGCAGUGGUAUGGCCUCCUUCGUUGCUAAAAAGCUUUGUCCGGAGCUGGUUCUCCUGCCACAAAACUAUGAGAAAUACACGGCUAAAGCGAAGGAGAUUCGCGAGAUUAUGGCGCAGUAUGACCCUCUAUUUGAGAGUGCGAGCAUUGAUGAGGCUUAUCUAAAUAUCACCGCAUUCUGUUCUGAAAACGAGGUCGACCCGGAGGAAGCGGUGGAACGUAUGCGCGCGGAGAUCGUGGAGAAUACGAAAGUUUCAGUCUCUGCAGGGAUUGCUGCUAACGCCAAGGUCGCAAAAAUUUGCUCGAAUAAAAACAAGCCCAACGGACAGUUCCGAGUGCCCAACAAUCGGGUUGCUAUCAUGGAAUUCAUGCGGGACCUACCAGUUCGAAAGGUCAAUGGAGUCGGUCGAGUGUUUGAGCGAGAGCUCGACUCGAUUGGCAUCAAGACUUGUGGAGACAUCUACCCGCAACGUGCCUUACUGACCAAAUUAUUUGGCGAGAAAGCGUUCCAGUUUCUGGCGCAAUGCUAUCUCGGCCUGGGACGGACGAAGAUUGAGCCCGUUGAGACCCACGAACGAAAGAGCGUAAGCACGGAGACUACCUUCCAUGCGAUCGACAACAAGGAGGAGAUUCGAAAGAAGCUACGGUGGGCGGCCGACGAGCUGGCGCAAGAUUUAGAACGAACGCAGUUCAAGGGUCGUACACUUUGCCUGAAAGUGAAACUUCAUACGUUUGAAGUUCUCACGCGCCAGACGGCGCCCCCGCGGGCCGUCUACCGCGCCAACGACCUUUAUGCGUUCGCCCUGCCCAUGCUGGUCAAGCUGGAGAAGGAAAUCCCGGAAAUGAAGCUGCGACUUCUGGGAUUACGAGUCUCGAACUUGAUCAGCACCAAGAAAGUCGGCAUUAACUUCUUCGGGGUGACAGUCCAGCCAAAGCCCACACCUGGCGAUACUCCAGAACAAAGUGCCUUGGAAGUCGACCCCAAUUCCGAGCACGACAUUGGAGCUGAAGAGGCAUUUGAGAAUGCUGCUCGUCAAGAAAAGCAAGAUGAGAUGAACGACCUGGAGCAACUCAGUCAAGAAGCAGUUGGGCUUUCUGUGCCUUGCGAUCCGCUGGGUACUGAAAGUACCGAGUCUACUGGGAGCACUGCCAAAGAUCUAGUUGACCCCCAACCUGAGCAUUGGGAGUGUCCUAUAUGUGGUCGACCACAAGUUGCAGAUGAUCGAGUCUUCAACGAUCAUGUGGAUUUCUGUCUUUCCAAGCAAACCAUCCGCGAAAUCGCCCAAGAUACUUUUCAAGACGUCCCUUCGAUUCCGUCCACCAAGAAGCGCAAAACACCCGCUCAACAGUCGUCUGCGGACUUUGAUCCACGUCAGAAACGGCUUUUCUUUAGUUGA